CGCAAAUUCGAGCCACGAAAUUUUCAGUAAACUGCCUUCUGCGGAACGACGUGAGAGUGAGUGCUCCCACAGCAGGAUGCGGACGGCAUGCGUGGCUUUGCUGGUGCUGUUUCUGGGCUCAACAAGUUGCGGCUAUGACGAGAAGGAUUUCCAAUGCCCACACACGGGUAUGUCUGUUCCAACCACAUCAGUUUGCAACGGGCUUUUGGACUGCACUCUCCCGUCUGAUAUUCGCAGUGGUGACGACCUGUCCGACGAAAGCGCGGAGAUUUGCGCCCCUACGCCUUUCUUGGAUAACGAGGUCGUGUUCCAGAUCCGUGACAUAACAAGCACGUCCGCGCAGCUCUCCUGGUCGAAGGCUACAACGCGCUUCUCCAACCACUCGCUGAAAUUGGCCGGCUACUUUCUGACAGGAAAGUCGGAGCCCCACUUAUUCCACAACACUAUAUCCGGACGUCUGCAUUCGUACCAUGCCCCGUCGCUGAAGCCAUGGACACAAUACACUUUCAUUCUCAGGCCGUAUUACACAGAGAGUGGCAAGCCCCAAACGUCGUACAAGAUUGGAAGAGCAGCUUCCGUGAGCGCCUGGACACUAUCUGCUGAACCAGAGGCGCCCAGCUUGGUAUCCGUGCUCUCGGCCCAGCAGCACAACGUUGUGCUCAACAUCGUCGGCCCACCGACGUGGAACAGCGACCCGGUUGGCUUCCACGUGCAAUGGGAGGCAAUCAGAGAUUACCGCGGACCACGUGGACGGCUUAGCGUGCCGCUUCCGGCCGACUGGUCACCCGUGGAGAACACGCUAAACGUCACCAUACCACUACCAGGUGGUCAUGACUACCGUCUUCUCGUGAGCGCCCGGGGCACGGACAGUGCCAACGGCAACCGCACGGGCCCCGCACUAGACGUCGACGUCAGCGUGCCUCUCGACUCGUACGAGAUUUCAGCAUACGUCAUUGACUCCUCCAGAGCAGUCAUCUCAUGGCGAGCCUCGGGGGUAGUGGAAGUCUUCAAGAUGAGUCUGUACAUCGAUUUGGUAAGUACCCUUGCGCACUUGUCAAUGUAGAAAUUACAAUGCCAUCGGCUCUAAAAGUGCUAAGUGCUAA